AUGGUGGCACCUUCAUUAAGCUUGCGGGGAAAGCCUGCGAAGUUUCUGAAGAAGGGCACCGAAACAACAAAGUCUCAUCGCUUCGAGACAUUCUCGCAGCGAGUGUCGAAAUUAAAGAUCGACCCGAUUCACCGUGUACGAAGAACCGGUUUUGGCGAGGAGGAUGGCGAGGAUGAUGAAACAUUCUCUCACUUCCGAUCCUCUUUGGAUCACUGGAGCGAGAUGAAUCUGUCGGAAUUCUUUACAGAUUUUGUCCGUCGUGUCAAUCCUCUAUCGGAAAACCUCCCGCAGGUGCUAUACCAUGAAGAGAAGAUUAUGGCUCUAUUGGUUGAGUUCAUCGAUAAGAGAGACAAAUUAUCGAUCGAGCCACUGUUGAGUUUGUUGUCACAGUUCGCCAGGGAUUUAGGUGUGCGGUUUGAGAAACACUUCGCGACUAGUGUCACUCUGGUCGCAUCCGUCGCGGCCACUCAUGCAGAUGUCGAAGUCAUAGAAUGGAGCUUUACGUGCCUCGCUUGGAUAUUCAAAUUUCUCUCUCGCCUUCUUGUGCCGGACCUUCGCCAGCUUUUGGGCAUAAUGACUCCCUACCUCGGAAAAGAACGCCAAAAGCCAUUCGUUGCUCGAUUUGCGGCCGAGUCCAUGUCCUUCUUGAUUCGCAAAGCAGGACUUGUGUACCAUAAGAAUAAAGCACCCUUGAACCGUGCCAUAUCAUUCUUAUUCCAAGAUUUACGCAACUCGACGGAGUCCCGCAGUCUCCAGACCUAUAAGGAGGGCUUGAUGGUUAUGUUCUCAGAGGCCAUCAAGGGGAUUAAAGGGGGCCUCUAUUCAAAUGCCUCGGACAUUCUAAAAUGUCUGAUAGAAAACGCCACCGUCAAUGACGAGGUCCAGUUCUCGUUAGCUGAAGAAGUGGUCUGCGGUGUUCUCACAAGCAUCGUUCACGCCACGACGUCUGAGACAUUUUCAGAGCUCUUGAAAGUUGUGUGCGCGUACGUUGAAGUAGGCAAUUCGGCCAAUAACGUGCCUCAUUUCAAGUUGUCUUCACAUUUGAUAUUUGUCUGUGUAACUACUCGAAAGGCAACACGAGUCAUAAACUGGAAAGAUGUUCAUCAAAGCUUGUUGACUUUGUUACAGAGGGCUCUGAAAGGAUUGGACGCUCAUCGUGAUACUCUCCCUCGAAUUCUUACUUCAGCUGCUUAUGCUUUGCAACUCUCACCUAUGGACGAAAUGAUGCCUUUUAUGCGACCAAUCAUGGAAGUUAUAUCUGACGAACGUUUGGCACCUUACUUCUUGUCUUUUUGCUCAACUUUCUCCCAGUUUGGGUCUGAGAGAUUUCAGAUCGUUGUCCUGCAAUAUUUUCAACGGUUCCUGAAUUCCUUCUGGAAGACUAAAGAGGAAGAUUUAUGCUUAUCACUCAUUCAGCUGGAGGAAGUCGGCUGUGUUACUUCCCAACCUUCACGACCAGGGUUCGUUGCUUGUCCGACUGAGUGGAGAAGUCAGAUCCUCGAAAAGCUAAACAAGCCUGGCCCGUUGGUAGAUGAAGCGGCAAUGCUCAAUGCUUAUACCAAACUUGGUGCGGCAAUUUCACUUUCUAAUGAUGCUACUGUUCUUCCGCAGAUAGUGCAGGCGCUGCAUAAGCUGGUGACAAAAUCAUUAGAUGAAUCGGCUUCUGACGCUCGGCCACUUGAUAUAUUCUCAAGUGGACAAGGGUUUCAGACAUACGUCUUUCUUGCGGAUCAAUGCGAUUCCCUGGAUAGAUCGCUUUGGCAGUCGAUAUCGAAGGCAGGGCCCCGGUUUAUUCGUCAAAUACCUUUUCUAGAGGCCACACUGAACUACAUAACACGCCUACCCGACCUGAUCACCGAGAGCAAAGAGGAUUUGGAUUCUCUUGCCAGCGGCCUCAUUGACAAUCUUACAUCACCCUCUCAGCCUUUGAGAUUGCUUUCAUUGAAAAUACUACAGGAAUUAAUCAAAGCGACAACUGGGGAUGCACAAAACACUAUAGGCAUUACAAUCGAAAUAGAAGAAAGCGAGUUGUCCUUGCAAACCUCUCGAUUCUUAUCAAUGCAGGUCCGCAAGCUUGGCUUACUAUACCCGCAAAUCGUCUCUCAUAGUUGGCUUAGCAAAUUAGUGCCCAAAUUCUGCUUUGGUCUUUUCUCCAAGAAAUUGGGACAACUGUGGACUGAUGCUGCGGAAACCCUGAAAAACAUUAGCCAACAUGCCGCUGGAGAAGCUGUCGUCACCGAGUUGUGUAUGCUCUGGUUGCAGCAUCACGCUGAUGAUACCAAUGAUGAGCCUACAGAGGAGGAGCCUGGGAAGAUUUGGUCUGACUUCAGAUGCGACAAUGCUUUGAAGAUUGAAAGGAUACUCGAAGCUAGAUUCGAAAGAGUUCAAGUCUCCAAGGAAGCUCUCAUAGAAAGCUUCAAUACCAACCAUAAAGCCUCCGACCUGAUCCCCGUGACCGCCAGAGCUCGCUCGUUACAAGUCCUACAUGUUAUUCCCGAAUUGGCUGAAAAGCGUUCCCGACAGAUUGUUCCCCUUUUCCUUAGGUGGGCUUCUACUGAAACGGAUAGCGGGACCGUUGAUUCAAACCCCUCCGAGGCUGUCGGCGUCGAGGAGGCCGCUCCGAAGUGGGCUUAUAAGGAUCGCCUAGCACUACUUGGGUUGUUCGAAAAGUUCAUUAAUCCACGUUCUCUUUUCAAAUCUUCGCAAGUCUACGAUGCACUUCUUAGUCUUACCGCACAUGGAGAUUCUGCGGUGCAAAAGUCUGCACUCAAAGGUCUAUUUACCUGGAAAUCACCUGGUGUACGUCCAUACGAGGAGAACCUAAUUAACAUUUUGGACGAAUCACGAUUUCGCGAAGAGCUCUCAGUUUUCGUUCAUAUUGAUGAUGAAGAUAGCAAGAUUGAAAAGGGUCACAAACCAGAGAUUCUUCCUAUUCUUCUACGGCUGCUCUACGGUCGUAUGAUUUCUAGGGCUGCUUCUAGUUCAGGUUCUGGCGGACAAACCGGAAGGAGGAAGGCCAUUCUUCGUAUCCUUGCCCAAAUGUCUGAGCUAGACUUUGAACUUUUUGUGCAGAUUGCAUUUGGCGUUCUGUAUGACUUGAACCUAUCAAAGGCAGGCUACAUUGAUAAUAAAUCUUUCAACUUGGAGUUAGCAAGCGAGCGGAAGCAGGUUGGUUUUCUCAAGAUGGUCGAAACAAUGCUAGAGACUCUUCAGAGCCGCAUGCAUGCAUAUGCCGUUAAGUCGAUGGAUGCGGUGACCUACUGUCUCGUGCGAGCCUCUCGCCUACUGGCCCUGGAUUCACCGGAUCUGGAAAGUAAAGCCGCAGUACUGCGAGAGGUUCGUAGCGUGGGUAUUCGCUGCGCUAGUAUGAUUUUCUCUAUUGCUCCAGAUAUCGACUGGACACCGUACGUGGGCUUGCUAUUCACCGAAGUCAUCAAUCCCAGGCUAGAGAAUUUCGCCAUCGAAAACGCGCAAGGAGUCUCUGUCUUCCAUCGACUUUUCCAUGAAUGGGUUUCUGCUCCAAAGUCUAUUUUCUACUUGACGCGUUUCAGUAGAGAUGUGAUACCCGCCGUCAUCGACACAUUGACUGUGCCAUCUGCCCGAGAUGAUGUCAAGGUUUAUAUUCUAGAGCAAAUUAUACAGCCUAUUAUCAAUCACUCUACUGGUCGUACGAUUGAGGAAUCUGGAGGAAUGAGCGAUAUUUCCCCCAGGACGAUACGUGAAGAGAUACUCGCACCAUAUGUGGACCGCAUUCUAGCCCAUGUCGGCAAGCUCUUGCAAUCAAACCCUACCCGUCCAGUUCUGGUUUCUGCUGUGGAAACCCUAUCUUUGAUAGCACCAUGUGUGGAGACGUCGGCUGAGAUUGCUAGCCUCGUGCGUAUAUCGACAUAUCUUCUACGACAACCACAGGACAAGAUUUCGCCCAAGACUAAGUCGGGAUUACUGUAUUCUUUAAAGCAUUUCAUACCUUUGGCGUCGGUAGAAGAGGACCCUUCGUUCGCUGAAGAAGUAUUCUUCACGGUGUCAUCUCUGUUUGACUAUUUCAAAGAUGAACAGAACCGAAACGUUUUGUCUGCUGUUCUGCAUGAAUUUGCUAAACAUGACGCUGACCUGAAGGAAGUUAGCAUUCUCUGUGCUGACCUCAAUGCUGUUGACACAUCCAAGCUUGACAGCAUUGACUAUGAUCGUCGACUUGCUGCUUUCAGAAAGAUUAACGAAGAUUUAUGGGAAAGUCUAAGCCCUAAACAAUGGCGUCCUCUUCUGUUCAAUAUGCUUUAUCAUGUCAAGGAUGAACACGAGCUUUCCAUAAGAUCAAGCGCUUCACAUGGGAUUAAACGAUUCAUUGAGAGGGCUGCAGACGGCGAGGCAAACCAAUCGAGCUUUGCUGCUCUCAGAGAUAGUGUGCUUCUACCUGCUCUCCAGAAUGGUGUACGUCAACGCUCCGAACAAGUGCGGUCAGAAUUUGUGACAGCUUUGGGCCACUUAGUCAAGCUCAAUCCCACUCUAGCAAGUGUUCAAGACCUGCAUGUGCUGUUGGUUGCGGGAGACGAGGAAGCUUCAUUUUUCAACAACAUUCUCCACAUCCAGCAGCAUCGACGUAUGCGUGCUUUGCGCAGACUUGCAACUGAGGCCGCGAGCGGGAAGAUCGACUCUUCCAAUAUAAGCUCGGUCUUCUUCCCUCUGGUGGAACACUUUGUAUUCCAUAUAGCAGAGGACGAGACCGCUCAUAACUUAGCGGCUGAGGCUGUUGCAACGCUAGGUGGAUUAGCUGAGUGGCUGGAGUGGAAUCAAUUCCGAGCCAUAUUCCGUAGGUAUCGAGCAAAUAUGACAAGCAAACCAGAGGUCGAAAAGAACAUGAUUAGGUUGCUUGGCCGUAUGACUGAUGCUUUGUCAGCUGCCUUCAUUCAGCGAUAUCCCAAAUCAAGCUUUGAGGGUGCAAUGGAGAUCGACGAUUCUAUGUCAGAUCAACCUAGUAAAUGCCGCCUAGCCUUGACACUACCUGCACCAGCAAAAAUUGCGACGGAGCUGACUACUCACUUCCUACCCUUCUUAACGGAGUUUGUCCAUCAUAAGGACGAAGCGCAGAUGAGUCUUCGUCUCCCUGUUGCUGUUACCAGCAUCAAGUUGCUCAAACUCUUACCGGAAGAAGAUAUGGCUAUUCGGCUGCCGGCAGUUUUGUUGGACGUUUGCUACGUUCUGCGAAGUAAGGCACAAGACUCGCGAGACAAUGCCAGGAAAACUCUCGCGGAUAUUGCCAUUAUUCUCGGCCCAUCGUACUUUGGCUAUAUUUUGAAAGAGCUCAGAACUGCUCUAGCUAGGGGUUAUCAGCUUCACGUUCUCUCUUUCACUGUGCAUUCAAUACUUGUUUCCACUACCGACGAGUUCGAGCAGGGCUCCUUGGAUCAUUGUCUUGAGCAAGCUGUCGCAAUCGUGAUGGAUGAUAUCUUUGGAGUCGUUGGCCAGGAGAAAGAUGCCGAGGACUAUGUCAGUCAGAUGAAAGAAGUCAAGAGCAGCAAGAGUUAUGACUCCAUGGAGUUGCUUGCUAAGAACAGCUCUGUUACGCGGCUGGGAGCACUUAUAGCUCCAUUGCAGAUGCUCCUACGUGAGAAACUUACGGCUGUUUUGGUGAGAAAAAUUGAUGAGCUCUUCAGAAGAAUUGGGCUUGGUCUGUUACGAAAUCCUGGUGCUGAGAGCCGAGACAUCCUUGUCUUCUGCUACGAAGUCAUCAAGGAAUCGUAUAAGGAUGCAAAUGAUGCACAGGCGCCCUCAUCUACAGAGUCAGCUAGGAACCGCCGAUUCCUCAUCAACAUGCAAGGUAUGAAAAGAGGCGAGAAACGCGGAACCACUUCGUCAUAUCUCUACAAGUUGUCGAGGUUCUCGUUGGACGUUCUCCGAUCUGUGCUAAAUAAGUACAAUUUUCUCCUUACCGCCAACAAUGUUGCCGGCUUCUUGCCCAUCAUUGGAGAUGCAGUCAUCCAGUCCUAUGAGGAGGUGAAGAUCUCCGCCAUGCGUCUCCUCUCGACCAUCAUCAAAUUACCUCUUCCUGAGCUCGACCGGAAUGCGUCAACCUAUCUUGCUGAAGCUGUCAAGGUCAUCAAGGAAGCUCCAAGCACCAACACCGAAGCAGCACAAGCUGCUCUGAAAUUCAUCGCUUCAGUGUUACGAGAACGGAAAACAGUGGAGUUAAGGGAUAACCAUCUCUCAUAUUUAUUGAAACGUCUUACGAAUGACAUUGAAGAACCUGAUCGCCAGGGCUUAACCUUCAACUUUAUUCGUGCUGUGAUGGAUAGGAAGUUUCUUGUUCCAGAAUUAUACGAGCUAGUGGAUAAUAUUGCGAGGAUGAUGGUUACUAACCAGACCAAAGCUGCUCGAGAUCUAGCUCGGGGUGUAUACGUUCACUUCCUAUUAGAGUAUCCACAAGCCAAGUCUCGUUGGUCGAAACAGCUGGCUUUCCUUGCGAAAAAUUUUGAUUAUCAGCACCGUGAAGGUCGAGAAUCCGUCAUGGAAGCAGUUCAUCGAUUACUCAACAAGACUGGUGGAGAUCUAGGUCAAGAAAUCAUUAGCACUUUCUUCUUACCGGUCGUGCUCGUUAUGGCCAACGACGAGACUGUGGAAUGUCGCCAAAUAGCCGGGCUGCUUCUUAGUGAAUUCUUCGGAAGAGCUGAUCGGGAACGUUUACAAAUCAUGUUGAAACCGUUGCACUCUUGGAUUGAGCAAGCAGAGAACAAACAACUCGCGAAUACUGGUCUGCAAGCUAUGAGGAUCUUCUUCGAAACGGAAGAUACCGAAAAGGAAAAGGAGGGCCGCUUCGUCGUGGAGACAUUACCCGAGCUCAUCAAUCUGAUUAUCGAAGACCCGGAAAGUGAGGAUUGGGAGACAGUUUAUUUCUCAUGGCAGUUAUUCCUCAAGGUAUGCAAGGCCGUACCGUCAGUUGCCUUCAGUGAAAAGUGCCAAGGUUUAUGGUCCAACGUCCAAGAAUCUCUAUUCUAUCCGCAUGCUUGGGUCAAAACUUGUGCAGCAAACUUGAUUGGAUUAUGGCUUGCAGAUCUAGCGAAAACGAAUGCGACUGAAGGAUAUGCUCAUGUCCCGUUGGCCGGUAAAUAUGGUCUUCAGCUUGACAAAGACGGAAUGAUCAAAAUCACCCGCGGCAGUAUCCGUUCCGUACUAAUUCCAGGUGUCACUGAGGAGCUUGCCAUGCAGAGUGUCCGUAAUAUUGUCUUCUUGAGUCGAUGCUUUGCUGUUAAUGCAGUUGAGUUUUCUUCGAAAGAAGCUGAAGAAGCCAAAGAGGAUGGGGCAGAUGAUGAUGAAAGCGUUGCAGAAGGAGAAAGGUUCGACAAUACGGAAGUCGCUUCGCCAAAGAGCCUAUUACAUUACAUCUUCCAGCAGAUAUCCAGCAUUCUACGUCGAGAAACGGUAUCAUCGAAAGCCAAUGCACUUGUACCCAAGUCAGCAAUCAUGGCUCUUUUGGCGGCAGUUUGUCGGCAUCUGGACGCCGACAAGCUUAUAUGCUUUUUGCCAAUCAUCCUUCUGCCUUUGCAGCACUUGAUUGAUCCAAAUAUCCCUGCGCCUCGAUCCUCGGACCCUGACUUCCAAACAAGCUGGAAAUCUUUGGUUACGAAUGCUCAGGAAAUUCUGGAUUUGUUGCAGAAGAAAUUGGGCACAACCGAGUAUGUUGACCAAAUGGCUCGCAUUCAGGAAAAUAUCAGAGCACGCCGUGAGGAACGAAGAGUCAAGCGUCGUAUUGAUGCAGUUGCGGAUCCAGAGAGGUUUGGCCGCGAAAAGAGACGUAAGAAUGAUAGGAAGCAUGUCAAGAGGAAGGAAAGGGGACACGAAUUCAGGGAGCGGAGACGAGGCUUCUAG